AUGUUAAUUUACAACUAUAGUACACAGAACCAACCAAACCGUUGUUCCAAAAUAAUCAACCAGCGAGGGUCCUUCCUUCAAUGGAAAAUAAUAACGAAAAAAGAUGAUGAUGAUGAUGAUGAUGAUGAUGAUGAUGAUGAUGAUGAUGAUGAUGAUGAUGAUGAUGAUGAUGAUGAUGAUGAUGAUGAUGAUGAUGAUAAUGUCUAA